CGUUUACUGCUUCGACAGUCAGUCAGUCAAGUCUCCUGACGAUCGCCUGCGCCAUCGACAUGGAGGUUCCAACGCUGAUGGUACUAGUUGGCAUCUUAGCCACAGUAACAACAGCCCCACAAUUUGACUUCGGCAAUAACCAGCCAACGCCCUACAGCUUCGCCUACGGCGUGAGCAGCCCUGACACAGGCGACGAGAAGGAACACAAGGAGACAGUUUCGCCGUCAGGAGUGACUGAAGGAGAAUUCAGGUGGCUCCAGCCCAAUGGACUCUACAGAAUAACUCGGUACUCUGCUGAUGGUGCCUCAGGAUUCCGUGCAGUUGUAAGUGAGGAAACUGCAGAGAGAGUAGGAAACUACUACACAAACUCCUUGCUUGGAGGUUCAGUAGAAGUUCCUUCCAUUUUCCCCAGUCGAGGAAAUCAGCAGUUGUUCAGUGGAUUCCAGUCGGGAAAUCAGCAGCUUUUCAGUGACCUCCAGGAAGGAAAUCAGCAGUCCAUCAACAGCUUCGACAUAAGAAACCAAAUCGUUACAAGUCCUCAGAACUUCCAGAAUCAGGCACCAAGCAGAGUCCCAACCAUCCAGACCUCGACAAUCAGCACAACUCAGAAUCAAGGCUUCACCAGCCUCCCAGUCCAGAGCUUCACCAUCCCACAGAACCCUCAGCCACAGACAUUCACAACUUUCACAACCUCACAACCCUCUCAGAGUAGCGGAAACAUCGUCGACGGUGGAAUCAUCGAUGGUGGCGUCGUCAGUGGUGGAGUCACUUCCCACUUUUGACUCCGGUUUCAACCAGUUCAACCCCAACGCCAAUUCUUUCAAUGGUGGAUCUAAUCUGAACACCUUUCUCUCUUCCACCGAUAACUUUGGCAUUAACCCCAACAGAUUUGAUACCCCUCGGUUCUCCAAUGUCAUCAACAGACAAGGAACCUCUUUAGUACUGGCAAGAGGCCAAAAUCGCUUCAAUCUCUAGUACCACAUAGUUGUUAUGUUUAUAAUAUAUUGCAAAUUUAGUUGAUUGGCAUUUCCAAAGCCCUCUUGGGACUAUUUUAU